AUGGCCCAGAUGGCUCCCUCGGGCCCUCCGACCCCUCCAAUAGGCCCCUCCGUGAUCUUCAUCGCUCGUUCCAGCAAGUGUCACCGCGAUGCAGAUGUCCAUGGGCAAAGGAUGUGGCUUCGAGGCACUAUGUCCCACGUCGCAAAUGCCUUCCGAGCUUCUUUCGGCUCUCUGGGGGACCGUCAAUUCUUCUACUGCCCUAUCGUCGGGCGCGCUAACAACCCGAUGGAUCACGAGCAUGAGGCUAUCCGAUACCUGACAAGCUUGAUGCAAAGCGCACGGGAAGUAGGACAUCCGGUCUAUCUUGUCAUUAGCGGCUGGGCUGGCUUUACGACAGAUGAGUCAACCUUCAUCGACCUUCUGAAAGAUUUCGAAGACCUCCAUAUCACUAUUCUGAUCUACGCUCAGGCGCCUGGAAGCAAUCCACCCAAGAAGAGCUUCUCGGUACUGAAUCUCCACAAAAUUCGUCAUAUCCUUCAAGACACGCUCAAUCUCGAAGAUAACCCUUGGACGGAUCCCUCCGUCAAGUUCGUUGGGCUACUCCGACGGCGGCAAAUCGAGAAAGCCUUCAAGGAGGAGGCCCUGCAGGUGGCCAUGUGGAUGAACAACUGCCCACGUGAGGACGCAAUGAGAAAAUGCAGGAAGGAUAUCGUAGCUGUAUUAAGUGAAAGAAAGGAGGAGUAUGAGGAAUUACUCAAUGGGCCCAGGAAUCAGCACAACUGA